CUUCUUAGCAUUGUGUCUAGAUGUCCUUUUGAUUUAUGCCAGUCAUUUCCCCGGACAUCCUCCACACCCCCUCUGACAUCGCCAUGACAUCAUCUGCCUGGUCCAUCAGGAUUCCUUGGCCGAUGACAUCGAUGCUGUCGUAUUUGUAUAAGAUCGGACAUCCAUGGCUGAAACCUCGUAUAAAUAGCAUCCUGACUACCUGGACUGAACGUGAAAUAACCCAAUCUUUCUAACCACAAUGACGGAAAUCGGCGAAGCAGGGGGCCAACCCUUCCCCAACCCCAUGGCCGGCACGACAAAGGAAGCAUACUGGAAGCACCGCGCUCCCUACAAGAUGCAAUCCGCCGAGGAAUUUGGCCGCGUCCAAUGGCACGGGAAAUGCCAGUGCGGCCAGGUGCGGUUCAAGCUGAAUCGCGAGCGGCCGCUGCGGUCGAAAUACUGCCACUGUCGCAACUGUCAGCUACUGCACGGCGCCCCCUUCCAAUGGGCGGCCAUCUUCCACAAAACCGACGUCGCCUUCGUCAACGGCGCCGACGGGUUGGCGUUCUAUUCGGCGGGCGAUCGCACGCGCGAGUACGAGACGCCGACGAAGCUGAGCUGCUCGUACUGUCGCACGCCGAUCAUGGACGAGGGGCGCAAUAUGUGCAUGGUGUUUCCGACGACCAUCGAGCACGGGUCGUCGGAUCGCGAGGUGCAGGAGUGGCGGGAGGCGUUUGCCGUUGAGUGUCAUAUCUUCUACAGCGCGCGGGCCGUCGACAUGCCGGACGGGAAACCCAAAUGGUCGGGAUUGGACGGGCACAGCGAUCAAUUGGAGUAAACUAGACUACCUGCCUAGUAUUAGUGUCUAGUGCUGGUGGUAGAGACAGGGAUGGAGGCCUGUACUUUUAAUUUCU